AUGAAGAAACGGAAUAGCUUAGACUCUGGGGAGUCUGAGCGCCCACCCCAAGAGAACUCCUGCCUGGACCCUCCAGACAGAGACCUCAACUCCAAGAUCUCAACUCCAUCUCCAGCCAAGCCCCACAUCUUCACUACCAGGAGUCGCACCCGGCUUUUUGGGAAGGGUGACUCAGAGGAGGCCUCACCUAUGGAUUGUCCUUAUGAGGAAGGCGGGCUGGUCUCUUGUCCUCUCAUCACGGUCAGCUCUGUCGUCACUAUCCAGAGGCCUGGAGAUGGACCUGCCUGUGUCAGGCAGGCUUCCCAGGACUCUGUCUCCACCGGUGUUGAGAACCCCCCCAGGCUCUAUGACCGCAGGAGCAUCUUCGAUGCCGUGGCUCAGAGUAACUGCCAGGAGCUGGAGAGUCUGCUGCCCUUCCUGCAGAAGAGCAAGAAGCGCCUGACGGACAGCGAGUUCAAAGACCCAGAGACAGGAAAGACCUGUCUGCUAAAAGCUAUGCUCAACCUUCACAACGGGCAGAACGACACCAUCGCCCUGCUCCUGGACAUCGCGCGUCAGACGGACAGCCUGAAGCAGUUUGUCAAUGCCAGUUACACAGACAGCUACUACAAGGGCCAGACAGCGCUGCACAUUGCCAUUGAGAGGCGGAACAUGGCCCUGGUGACUCUCUUGGUCGAGAACGGAGCCGACGUCCAGGCUGCAGCCAAUGGAGACUUCUUCAAGAAAACCAAAGGGCGGCCUGGCUUCUACUUUGGUGAGCUGCCUCUGUCUCUAGCUGCGUGCACCAACCAGCUGGCCAUUGUGAAGUUUCUGCUGCAGAACUCCUGGCAGCCAGCAGACAUCAGUGCCCGGGAUUCGGUGGGCAACACGGUGCUACAUGCCCUGGUGGAGGUGGCAGAUAACACAGCCGAGAACACCAAGUUCGUGACAAACAUGUACAACGAGAUCCUGAUUCUGGGCGCCAAACUCCACCCCACGUUGAAGCUGGAAGAGCUCACCAACAAGAAGGGGCUCACACCACUGGCUCUGGCUGCUAGCACUGGGAAGAUUGGGGUCCUGGCUUACAUUCUCCAGAGGGAGAUCCACGAACCUGAGUGUCGGCACCUGUCCAGGAAGUUCACUGAAUGGGCCUAUGGGCCUGUGCACUCCUCACUUUAUGACCUGUCCUGCAUUGACACCUGUGAGAAGAACUCAGUUCUGGAGGUGAUCGCCUACAGCAGCAGCGAGACCCCUAACCGCCAUGACAUGCUUCUGGUGGAACCCUUGAACAGACUCCUGCAGGACAAGUGGGACAGAUUCGUCAAGCGCAUCUUCUACUUCAACUUCUUCGUCUACUGCUUGUAUAUGAUGGUCUUCACCACGGCUGCCUACUAUCGGCCUGUGGAAGGCUUGCCCCCCUAUAAGCUGAGAAACACCGUUGGAGACUAUUUCCGAGUCACUGGAGAGAUCCUGUCUGUGUUGGGAGGAGUCUACUUCUUCUUCCGAGGGAUUCAGUAUUUCCUGCAGAGGCGGCCUUCCCUCAAGAGUCUGUUUGUGGACAGCUACAGUGAGAUACUUUUCUUUGUGCAGUCGCUGUUCAUGCUGGUGUCUGUGGUACUGUACUUCAGCCAACGCAAGGAGUACGUGGCUUCCAUGGUGUUCUCCCUGGCCAUGGGCUGGACCAACAUGCUUUACUAUACCCGAGGAUUCCAGCAGAUGGGCAUCUAUGCUGUCAUGAUCGAGAAGAUGAUCCUCAGAGACCUGUGUCGAUUUAUGUUCGUCUACCUCGUGUUCUUGUUUGGAUUCUCCACAGCUGUGGUGACACUGAUUGAGGAUGGGAAGAAUAACUCUGUGCCUGUGGAGUCCACAGCACACAGGUGCCGGGGGCCUCCCUCUAGGCCACCGGACAACUCCUACAACAGCUUGUACUCCACAUGUCUGGAGCUGUUCAAGUUCACCAUCGGCAUGGGCGACCUGGAGUUCACUGAGAACUACGACUUCAAGGCUGUCUUCAUCAUCCUGUUGCUGGCCUAUGUGAUUCUCACCUACAUCCUCCUGCUCAACAUGCUCAUUGCCCUCAUGGGUGAGACGGUCAACAAGAUCGCCCAAGAGAGCAAGAACAUUUGGAAGCUGCAGAGAGCCAUCACCAUCCUGGACACGGAGAAGAGUUUCCUGAAGUGCAUGAGGAAAGCCUUCCGCUCUGGCAAGCUGCUGCAGGUGGGGUUCACACCCGAUGGCAAGGAUGACUACCGGUGGUGUUUCAGGGUGGACGAGGUGAACUGGACUACCUGGAACACCAACGUGGGCAUCAUAAACGAGGACCCGGGCAACUGUGAAGGCGUCAAGCGCACCCUGAGCUUCUCCCUGAGGUCAGGCCGAGUUUCAGGGAGAAAUUGGAAGAACUUUGCCCUGGUUCCUCUUCUGAGGGAUGCAAGCACUCGAGAUAGGCAUACCACCCAGCCUGAGGAAGUUCAUCUGAAGCAUUUUGCAGGAUCCCUUAAGCCAGAGGAUGCUGAGGUCUUCAAGGAUUCCAUGGGCCCAGGGGAGAAGUGA